AUGCAUCGUUACACCAAUGCGGAGCUUAUCGACAUACAUUUCAUGUAUGGGGCUGCACAAGGAGAUGAAUUAACUACUCAAAGGAUGUACAGGGAGCGAUUCCCGGAGAGGAAUCAGCCAGAUAGUAGAACAUUCGAGCGUCUUCAUCGAGAGUUAAGCACGGGUGGAUCGUCUUAUGCGUCCAGGCGUUAUACUGGCAUUGGAAGAUAUCUCAGAAUUCCUGCAGUGGAAGAAAGAAUACUAAACAGAGUAUGGGAUAAUCCUUCGUCAAGCUCGAGAGCUGUAGGAAGUGCGCUGGGUGUGAGCCAUGCAACUGUUUUGAGGACUUUACAUGAAGACGGAAUACAUCCUAAUCAUUUACAGAGAGUGCAAGCAAUGACUCAUGAUUAUCUUCCACGUCUCAACUUUGCUCGUUGA